AUGGUAUUUUCCCCAGCAAAGCGCCUCACGAUACUCAAGCCAGCGAUAACUGACGAGCAACGCUUCUGGCGCUCCUUUCGCCCACUCUACGCCCUAUCGAAAUUGUUCGCAUUCUGGACGUUCACUGUGACCGUGAUUCAAGAUGGUGACCGGCGUGCGGUCGUGUUCCGCAAAUCACGCUGGAGUGUUAUGCACUUCUUCGUGAUGCUGGUACUGUACAGUACCUUCCAUCUUUACAUCAACUCCACCGACGCAUUCUCGGCCGCCGACGGCCGUCAAGGAGGAGGGCAGGCGGAAGUGAACUUUGUCUCGGUGGUGAUCGACAUGUACAAUCGGUACUCGGGCCUGCUGCUGUUCUGGUGGCUUCAUCUGAUGGCACACGUUUCCCAACCAACGGUGAUCGAAAUACUGCGCAGCGUGAUGGCCAUCGAUGAGCAGAUCCGCGUCCGCCUAACCGUUGCUCCCGAUCAUUGGCGUUGGUGCAGAUCCGUCUGUCUGCAUGUGACCGCCAUUUUCCUCGGGAUCGGACUGGCCGAGCGGUUCAACUGCAUCAUGUACAUGAGUGACUUCAUCCCGGUGUCAGAGUACUGCAUCUUCCAGUGUCUCAUUUCGAUGCUAACCUGCUCGACGGUCGAGAUCCAGUACGUGGCGUUGGUGCAGUUGAUACAAAACCGUCUCGAGCUGAUUAACAGCCUGCUGGGCGAGCUGACGAGCGAUCACAUCAGAAUGAAAAUAAUUAAUGACAUUAAAAAUGUAUACACACAUUUGCAUUUAUUAUCGCUGAAUAUUAAUCGCGCGUACGGUGCGCAGUUGAUUUUCAUCCUGAUGACGCUAUUCGUUACGCUAACGACGCUGCUCUACUACUGCACGAUGAAGCUGCUGAGAAUACUGCUGCUGGGACGUCAUACGCCGUUGCGCGACCUGGUGACUUCGUUCGAGGAUGUGCUGAGUACACUCUCCUGGAUCUGCAUCGCCACCAUUCGCAUUCUGCGCAUCUGCAGCGUGUGUAACAGGACGAAAAAUGAGGCCCAGCAAAUCGGAAGCCUCAUCCAGGGGCUGGGCUGGAAGACACAUUGCGGUGCCACGAAAACGGCGGUGCGACGACUGUCGCUGCAGCUGCUACAGCAACGCAUCGAGUUCAGUGCCGGCGGAUUGUUCCCCAUUGAUCAUGGACUGAUGUUUAACAUCGUUGGUUCGUUGGCCACAUUUCUGCUCAUUCUGGUACAGUUUGACAUCGCUCAGGGCGGAGCCAAGUGGAAGCCAGUGGCAACAGAACCGCCGGCAAACACCAGUACGGCUCAGUGAGCUUUCUACAUGGCACGUGUCGCCGGUAGCUGGCCGCUAGGCGGCUUAUGCGCGUCUUGCUGGUUUGCUUUUUUGACCUUUUUGUUUUGUGGAUGUCUUUAACACAUUCCUUGUGUUCUAUGUUCUGUGUGUGUCUAAAUAAUGGUGAUUUAGAAAAGAAGCAUCAUAU